GGGUUUACUUUAGUUUAAAAAAAUGAAACAGUUUAACAAAAAACUAAAAACUAAAGUUUGUUUGUUCACGGGGAAAAAAAACAUUUUUUUAAAAUAAACAUGUACUAAGAUGUAGGUUUCUCCCAUUUGUGAGUGAGACGGUUAUCUCUUGCUGCAGCUGCUCUAUCUUAUCUGUCAUUUUACCGUCAGCUGGCUAUGGCAUGCCUUAGCUGUUGGAUAAUAUUUAAUUCAUAGGCCGACUAUCUUCUGCUUUGAAUACAGUUUGAAUACAGAUAGCUCUCACCAUGGAUUGCGUCUUGAAAGUUCUUGUUCUUGCUGUUUUAAGUGUCUCUGGGAAAGGCAAACUGUUGACAGGUAGCUUUUGGCAUAUCACAGACCUUCACUGGGAUCCUACAUACAGAUUAACAGAUGGAAAUUCAGGAUCAGCAUGUAAUUCAAGUGGAAGUCGUCCAACCCCACAAGCGGGUAGAUUUGGAGACUAUCUUUGUGAUUCACCAUGGGACCUCAUCAGUUCCUCGGUGCAUGCUAUGAAGGAUAUUCUGCCUGAUCCAGACUUCAUUAUUUGGACUGGAGAUGAUACACCUCAUGUUCCUAAUGAAUACCUGGGAGAAGAGGCAGUCCUGAGAAUCGUUGGCAAUCUCACCCACAUUAUAAAAACACUGUUUCCUAAAACAAAGGUCUACUCAGUAUUGGGCAAUCAUGAUUACCAUCCAAAGAGUCAAUUGCCACCCACACAAAACAAAAUUUAUGAGCAAAUACAAAAACUAUGGGAAGACUGGCUAGAUCCAGCAUCGAGGGAUACUUUUAAAAUAGGAGGAUAUUAUACAGAAAAGCUACUAAAUCAAACCGGUUUCAGAGUUCUGGUCCUAAACACUAAUCUGUAUUAUGACCAGAACAAAAUCACAGAAAACAUGAAAGAUCCAGCAGACCAGUUUAAAUGGGCAGACCAAGUUCUCAGUGAAGCUGGCAAAAACAAGGAAAAGGUGUACAUUGUCGGUCAUGUUCCACCUGGAUUUUUUGAAAAGAAACGAAAUAAGCCAUGGUUUAGACCUGAGUUUAAUAAGCAAUAUAUAGAGCUCAUUCGGAAACAUCAUGAUGUUAUAAUUGGCCAGUUUUUCGGUCAUCAUCAUACUGACAGCUUUCGGAUGUUCUACAGUACAUCAGGAUCUCCAAUCAGUGCAAUGUUCCUAAGUCCAGGAGUAACUCCUUGGAAAACAACCCUACCCGGAGUGGAAGAUGGGGCAAAUAAUCCUGCAAUUCGGGUGAUUGAGUAUGACAGCAAAACACUUUUGGUUCAGGAUAUGGUGACCUACUAUUUAAACUUAACCUAUGCAAACCUUGCACAUGCACGAUGGGAGAAAGAAUAUCGCCUCACUGAAGCGUUUAGAGUGCCAGAUGCUUCCCCGGUCUCCAUGCACCGUGUGUUGGAACAGAUAGCACAUGAGAACUGCUACCUGCAAAAGUAUUAUGGCUUCAACUCAGUAAACUAUGACCUGUCAGUAUGCAAUGCGGAUUGCCGUAUUGACCAUGUGUGUGCUAUGAGAGAGGUAGGCUUUGAGGCUUAUGAGCACUGUGUGGAGAAGGAGGGGGCUUCUUUUACCAUCCCAGAACUUCUGACCGUAGGUUUCGCACUUGUCAUAAGCCUGUGGGCCAGCUAUUAAAUCUUUUGAGAACCCUUCCCUUAGCUUUGUAAGUGUCCUCAUAUCUUAUCACACCAAGUCGAAAAGAUGAACUAGGGUAAGUAUUUACUAAGAAAGUUUCCUUCUUUUGUUUAGCUCUGCACAAUAUUGACCAAAUUUUCAUUAUAUCCAUCCCAUCUAAAAUGUAUGCUUUUAGAAUUUUAUAUAAAUCUGUAUGUUUAUCACUAAAAUGAGCAUGUAU